CGCCCCCCGACCAUGGCAGCGCUGCCCGGGACGGUGCCGCGGAUGAUGCGCCCGGCGCCGGGGCAGAACUACCCCCGCACCGGCUUCCCGCUGGAAGUGUCCACCCCGCUGGGCCAGGGCAGGGUGAACCAGCUCGGAGGGGUUUUUAUCAACGGGCGUCCUCUUCCCAACCACAUCCGUCACAAAAUCGUGGAGAUGGCUCACCACGGGAUCCGGCCCUGCGUGAUCUCCCGGCAGCUCCGCGUCUCCCACGGCUGCGUUUCCAAAAUCCUCUGCCGCUACCAAGAGACGGGAUCCAUCCGGCCCGGCGCCAUCGGAGGCAGCAAACCCAGGCAGGUCGCGACUCCCGACGUGGAGAAGAAAAUCGAGGAAUACAAGCGGGAGAAUCCCGGGAUGUUCAGCUGGGAAAUCCGGGACCGGCUGCUCAAGGACGGGCACUGCGACCGCAGCACGGUGCCCUCAGUGAGUUCGAUUAGCCGCGUGCUCCGCAUCAAAUUCGGCAAGAAGGAGGAGGACGAGGACUGCGACAAGAAGGAGGAGGACGGCGACAAGAAAGCCAAGCACAGCAUCGACGGCAUCCUGGGCGACAAAGGUAGCGCUGUUGCGAGCGGGAUCAGCUCUAAUAAUGGGGGGCAGGAGAAGAGAUAG